AUGCAUUCUAAUGUGUCCGAAGUCUAUUCUGAUAAUGGUUGGAGAUGGCCUGUUGCGUGGAGGGAGGUUUGCCCGGCUCUAGAUCAGAUCGAUCGGGUUUCUUUACAUCCGAACGAAUCUGAUAAAUUUUGGUGGCGGCAUGGAGAUGAUAAGCUUGAUUUCUCGUCUUCUCGAGUUUGGGAUUCGAUUAGACAUCGCGAAGAUCCAGUUAAUUGGUGUGGUUUUGUGUGGUUUAGUCAAUGCAUUCCGCGUCAUGCUUUCUUAAUGUGGCUGAUCAUGAAGCGAAAACUGCUUACGCAAGAUAAAAUAUUGAGCUGGGAUAUUUCUCGAAGAAAAAACAUGAACAUGUUGUGUUGUUUACUUUGUUACGCGAACCAUGAUUCUCAUCAUCACUUGUUUUUUGAAUGCAAGUUUUCGGCCCAAGUGUGGAGUUUGGUUAGAGCUAAAGUUGGCAUGGAUCUAGUUCAGCCGAAGUGGGAGGAAAUUGUCAAUUGGUUGCGUGAUCGUGUCAAGUCAAAAGCUGUUAAUGACUAUGUUGCGAGACUAUUAGUAGCAGCGACUACUUAUUUCAUUUGGCAGGAGCGUAAUGCUAGGCUUUUUAAGAAUCAAUUGCGGCCCCCGGAAGCGAUAAGUGAACUCAUUACUCAACAAGUGCGAUAUAAACCAAAGAUGCGGGUACAUAUACUUCGUCUUCUAGAACAGGGGCAAGCACCUCUUCGACAAAGAAAUUCAAUGGCUAGUUUGCAUUCGGUUCGUUUAAAGGGGCUGCCCUUUUGUGGGUACUUCAUUUUCGAUGAUGGCGGUUGA